CUGCCCCAGCGCGGCCCACGCAAGCCGGGGGCAGCCCGGCUGGGCGGCGGCACCGCCCCGGGGGUCGCGCAGCCGGGGGCCGGGCCGCGCUGCCCGGCGGAGCGGGGCUCCAUCGCCGCCGCUGCCUUUGCCCGCGUCCCGGCGGGGUUUGCGUGACAGCUCCGGGCACUCCCCGCCGCCGGUUUAUGUAACCCGCCGCCCGCACCCGGUUAUAAAAGGCCGCCAAGGCAGCGCCGCCGCCGGAGUCCCGCCGCCGCCGCCCCGAGGGCCGCGCUAGCUGGGAGAUGGGAACUGCUCAAAACAACAGUGACCUCAAAAAACUCCAUGCAGUGGAGCUUGACCUGUGUAACAAGGACAUGAUGGCAGACACAUUUGAUCACAGCAUUAUUUCUGUUGGAGAAGAGGAAGGAGCGGGCAAUUUCCAACGUUCUUUUCCAACACGAGAGUCCCUCCGAUCCCCUCGGGGCUCUGUUGUGAGUUUCCAUAAUAUCCAGUACUCCGUUAAGCAGUCCAGUGGAUUCCUAUGUAAACGGAAAACUGUGGAAAAGAAGAUCCUUCAUAAUGUUUAUGGCAUUAUGAAGCCAGGCUUGAAUGCUAUCCUGGGGCCAACAGGGAGCGGUAAAUCUUCUCUCCUAGAUGUGCUGGCUGCCAGAAAGGACCCAGCAGGCCUGUCUGGAGAAGUGCUUAUAGAUGGCAUCCCACAACCUCCAAAUUUCAAGUGCAUCUCAGGAUAUGUUGUGCAGGAUGAUGUUGUCAUGGGCACAAUGACGGUGAGGGAGAACCUGCACUUCUCUGCUGCCCUGCGACUCCCCAGCUCCAUCAGUGUUAAAGAGAAGGAAGAGCGAGUCACCCAGAUAAUCAGCGAGCUGGGAUUAACCAAAGUGGCUGAUGCUAAGGUAGGAACCGAAUUGAUCCGAGGAGUGUCUGGAGGGGAACGGAAGAGAACCAACAUUGGGAUGGAGCUCAUCACAGAGCCACCAGUCCUUUUUCUGGAUGAGCCAACAACUGGCCUUGAUGCCAGCACAGCCAAUGCAGUCCUCACCCUCUUGAAGAAGCUCUCAAGAAGAGGGCGAACCAUCAUAUUUUCCAUCCAUCAGCCCCGCUAUUCCAUAUUCAAGCUGUUUGACAGUCUGACAUUACUAGCUUUGGGAAAGGUGCUGUACCAUGGUCCUGCGAGGCAGGCCCUGGAGUACUUUAGUUCUAUUGGAUAUGAAUGUGAACCCUUCAACAAUCCAGCUGACUUCUUCCUUGAUAUCAUAAAUGGUGAUUCAACUGCUGUGGCAGCAAGCAAGGAAGAUCACAGACCUCUGGACAUAGGAAAAGAGGUAAGCAAUGAAAAUGGAGUGGCAGAAGAUAAUGUGGAUGGCAGUGUGGUAGAUGUGCUGCACCAGAAAUAUCUCAACUCCAGCCUGUAUCAGAGCACAAAGGAAGCACUGGGGAAAGUGGAGCUUGGGCAGGGAAGCAAGCAGACAGUAUCCAAGCAGAGGCAUGAGAUUACCUAUGCAAAUGGAUUCCUCACCCAGCUGUACUGGGUGUCCAAGCGUUCCCUGAAAAACCUCAUCAGGAACCCACAGGCCUCUGUUGCACAAAUUGCAGUGACCAUAAUUCUAGCCUUGGUUGUGGGUGCUAUCUUUUUCGGCGUAAAAUUGGAUCGAAGUGGCAUUCAGAAUCGGGUUGGAUCCUUGUUUUUUGUCACCACAAACCAGUGUUUUUCCAGUGUCUCUGCAAUCGAGCUGUUCAUCAGAGACAAAAAACUAUUUGUCCAUCAGUACACCAGUGGAUAUUACCGUGUGUCUGCCUACUUCCUGGCCUUGAUGAUAGGAGAUCUGCUGCCCAUGAGAACUGCUCCAGCCAUCAUAUUCUCAUGCAUCAGUUACUGGAUGAUUGGAUACCAAGCUGUUGCAGGCCAGUUCUUCUUCUUCAUGCUGACCCUGGUACUGGUGUCCUACACUGCCACGGCCAUGUCUCUGGCUAUCAGUGCUGGGAUGGAUGUGGUGGCUGUGGCCAAUCUGCUCAUCACUAUUUGUUUUGUCCUGAUGCUUAUCUUUUCAGGCCUCUUAGUAAACCUCCCUUCUGUAAUGGGCUGGCUGAACUGGCUCAAGUACUUCAGCAUCCCCCGAUACGGCCUCACUGCUCUUCAAGUGAAUGAGUUCAGAGAUCUCUAUUUCUGUGGUGAGAAGAAUCCAAAUGUUACAGCAUCUGUGGGAGAUGUAGACAGUUGUCCCCCUGAUAUUUCAGGAGAAAUGUGUUCUGGUGAAGCAUACCUGUGCAGCCAAGGAAUCGCACCUACCAGCUGGGCAAUGUGGGAAAAUAUAGUGGCUCUCUUCUGCAUGACUGUUAUCUUCCUUAUCAUUGCCUAUGCGAAACUCCGGUUUAUGAGAAAGUUCACAUAGACUCCUGCAGUGCCUUGCUCUGCAGCUUCUCCAAUCUUAAAACCGCAAAGCUUGUUAGGGCGUACUGGAGAUUGCCAAAAGAUUUCAACUGACUUUACUGGACUUUAGAUGGGAACCCUGUCCCCUUGUUUCUGGAGCAUGAUCUCACACAACUGUAUGAUUUUGGUUUUUAAGAAGAAAUGCAUUAAUGUA